AUGCCCGGGGCGACUUAUUUUGUCAACCCCAGAAUUUCUGACUGGCCAGAAUGGUGCAACUCGUUCGCCAAACCGAUGACCUUUCUGUGCCGAUUGAUUCCAAGCCCAUCCAACCCCCAAGUCCCAAAUAACCCAGCUCGGUCUGACUGCCCAGCCGGCCAGGAAAACAACUAUGGUCUCUUCGACCUCUCCUACAAGAACGUCUGUAUUCAACACAGAAGACUCAUGAUCAUCGCCCUUCUCAGUGGAGUUGGAACCGAGGGAAAUACAGGGCACAUGAUGAUGACUCUUGCCCGAGAUAUCCAGACCGAUGAAGUCUUUGUUCUGAAGAUUGGAUAUGAAAAACAUAGAUACCACAAAGUCAAAUGCCACGCCGACCACGAGUGGAUUCUCGGCCAGCUGCUUGGACAGGCUGGUUAUGGGCCUGUGUACACCAGCGAAGACGUCCACGAACAAGACCUCAGUUAUCCAUUCAUGGGCCGGCCGGUGUAUUAUCAGCUGCUGUCGCCUAUGCCAGGCCAGUGGCUCGGCCACGUUUAUCAGCUUCUGUCCUACUCCCAACUGGCCAGUAUUAGGGCUCAACUGACUAACAUACUUAAGUAA